AUGGAACCGUUGUUGGUAACAUUUCAAUGCAACAGCUGUGGCGAGUAACUCGCGUUUCUGUGCAAUGUUGAACGUGGUUUGUUUCACUUUGAGAGGUGGAAGGAGUGUGUUAUGCAAGGAAACGGUGGAUUUGUCGUCGGGAAAAGUAUGCAAGAUCUUGGCUUGUAACUUGUCCACCAAAGUCCGCCGCAGCAAAAUCUACACCGACAUCACCGAAACCAUCAAGGACAUCCCCGAUGGCUCCAAACUCCUCGUUGGAGGUUUCGGCCUUUGUGGCAUCCCCGAAAACCUCAUCGCCGCGCUUUUGGCCCACCCCGCCCAAAACUACACCGUCGUCUCCAACAACGCUGGUGUUGAAAACUUCGGCUUGGGCCUCCUUCUCCAAAAACGCAAAAUCAAAAGAAUGAUUUCCUCCUACGUUGGAGAAAACCCCGAAUUUGAACGCCAAUACUUAUCCGGGGAAUUAGAACUUGAACUCACACCACAAGGGACUCUAGCUGAGCGAAUCCGAGCUGGGGGUGCUGGAAUCCCGGCCUUUUACACCCCCACAGCCUUCGGGACUCUAGUACACGAAGGCGGGGCUCCCAUUUGCUACGACAAGGAUGGAAAAAUCAAGAUUGCGAGUCCCCCAAGACAAUCGCAGAGUUUUGGAGGGAAAAACUACAUCAUGGAGGAGGCCAUCACGGGGGAUUUUGCCCUAAUCAAGGCCUGGAAGGCCGACCCACACGGCAACUUGAUUUUCAACAAAUCGGCCCGGAAUUUCAACCCAGCAAUGGGCAAAGCGGCCAAAAUCACCAUCGCAGAAGUGGAGGAAAUAGUCAAUGUGGGUGAAAUCGGGCCGGAUGAAGUCCAUUUACCUGGGAUUUUCGUCGAUAGAGUCAUUAAAGGCUCAAAAUACGAAAAACGGAUCGAGAAAGUGUGUGUUAGUAAAGAAGAGAGUGACAAAGGGAGUAGCAAAUCCCCUGCUGCCCUUCUAAGGGAACGGAUCAUCCGUAGGGCUGCUCUGGAGUUCAAAGACGGGAUGUAUGCCAAUUUGGGGAUUGGGAUGCCGAUGCUCGCCUCGAAUUACAUCCCCAACGACAUGGAGGUGUUUCUCCAAUCCGAGAACGGGAUUCUGGGAUUAGGACCGUUCCCCACCCCCAAAAAUGUGGACCCGGAUUUGAUCAAUGCGGGCAAGGAGACUGUCACUGUUGUUCCAGGGGCGUCGUAUUUUGGCAGUGAUGACAGUUUUGCCAUGAUUCGGGGGGGCCACAUUGAUUUGACCAUGUUGGGGGCGAUGGAGGUGUCCCAAUUUGGGGAUUUGGCCAACUGGAUGAUUCCUAAAAAGCUUGUCAAGGGCAUGGGGGGUGCGAUGGACCUGGUGGCGGCCCCUGGCACCAAAGUGGUGGUCUGUAUGGAGCACAAUGCCAAGAAUGGGAGCCCCAAAAUUUUGGAAAAGUGCACUUUGCCCCUAACUGGAAAACAAUGUGUUGACAUGAUCAUCACCGAGAAGGCUGUGUUUGAAAUUGACCAAACCAAAGGUCUCACUCUUGUCGAAAUCGCCGACAAUGUCACACUAGACGAUGUCAAAAACACCACUGGUUGUAAAUUCGAAGUGUCAAAGGAUUUGAAAAAAAUGGGACAAAUUUAAUAUAUAUAAUAUUUAAUAUAUUUAAUAAUUUUUACAAAAAAUACUUUGUUUUAUUCGCGAAACUUAGCCUUG